AUAUAUUACAAAAAAGUAGUUCGUCUCUUUCUCUCUCUAUCGACAAGACGAUUACAAAGAACACUCAGUAAGAGAGAGAGAGAGAGUUCAAGAACUGAGAAAACGAUAUCUGAGAAGUUUGCUACCUCCCUCUCUUUUUCACAACAACAUAAGAGGGUCUGUAAUUGUAUCAAGAUGAUGUACAAAAACAUCUUAAAGGUAUCAUGGAAGUAGCAAGUUCAAACAAAUUCAAGAUAAAAGCUACACCUUUUGUAUUCUAUGUCACAAGAUUAUAUCUUCAAUUUCUCACAUGGGUUCGAAAGAUCGUCAACGUCGACGCAAGAUCCGAUCCAAAGAGACCCACCACCUCCGUCACUAGUGGCGUUAGAACAAAUGGAGGGCGGACACGGUGGUUUACCGGCGGUGUACGAAACCGGAACAGCCGGUAUGUUAUCCGAGAUGUUCAAUUUCUCAAACGGUGGAUCCACCUCAGCAAAUGAAUUAUUGGAGAAUCAUAUAAACUACCAACAACACCACCGUAACCACCGGCAGACCACCGCCGGAGAGUGGUACGGUAACACUGCUCAAGCCAUGCAACUUUUCUUGACAAACCCUACUACAUCUUCACACUCUAAUAAUAAUAAUCUAUCUACCAAUUCUACCCUUCACCAUCAGCAAAGCUUUGGAAGUACAACCGAUACCGAACAAGGGCAUUUCGGUCCUUCUAGCCAGUUUACAUGGGUACCUCCUGGUGGUAGUGGUGCAUCUCAUGACACAGAAGGUUUGGGUGGAUUUGAAGGGCUUUCACUAUCAUUAUCUUCAAGUUUGCAGCAUCUUGAAGCCGCUAAAGUUGAGGAGUUGAGGAUUGGAGAUGAUCGGAUGAUAUACUUUAAUCAGGUAUCAGGUGUAGGUCAUGUUGAUCCUUAUAGGAGUUUGAAUAUGCAAGGAGGGGGAGUUAUGGGUGCGAACCAUAAUCAUCCGGUUCAUGUCGGGUUCGGAUCAGGUUCUUCUUUAGGAGUUGUGAAAGUGCUUAGAAAUUCUAGGUAUGCUAAAGCAGCUCAAGAAUUGUUGGAAGAGUUUUGCAGCGUCGGUAGGGUUAAUUUUAAGAAAAAUAAGUCCGCUGUGAAACAUAACAAUUUAGAUCAGGAUCCGAGCAACAGUAGUAGUGGUGGUGGUGGUGGUGCUUCUUCUUCAAAAGAUGUUCCUACUUUGUCAUCAGCUGAGAGAAUUGAGCAUCAAAGACGAAAGGUCAAACUCUCUUCUAUGCUUGAUGAGGUGGACCGGAGAUACAAUCACUACUGUGAACAGAUGCAAAUGGUGGUGAAUUCUUUUGAUGUAGUGAUGGGAUUUGGUGCGGCAGUGCCAUACACGGCGCUGGCACAAAAGGCAAUGUCUCGUCAUUUUCGUUGUUUAAAAGACGCGAUAGCCGCGCAGUUGAAACAUAGUUGUGACUUAUUGGGGGAGAAAAAUCCUAAUUCUUCCGGGGUCACAAAAGGUGAGACACCAAGGCUUAAGUUAUUGGAACUAAGCCUUAGACAACAAAGGGCAUUCCAUCAAAUGGGCAUGAUGGAACAAGAAGCUUGGAGACCACAAAGAGGUUUACCAGAACGUUCUGUCAGUAUUUUAAGAGCUUGGCUUUUCGAACACUUUUUACAUCCGUACCCAAGUGAUGCUGAUAAACAUUUGUUGGCUAGGCAAACUGGACUGUCUAGAAGUCAGGUUUCAAAUUGGUUCAUUAAUGCAAGAGUACGGUUGUGGAAACCCAUGGUGGAAGAAAUGUACCAAAAAGAAAGCAAUGAAGAAGAAGAAGGUGACCACAAUCAAGACCAAGACCUAGAUGAACAUAACAACAUUAAUUACAACAAAACUGGUCCCUCUUCAUCAUCCUCUUCUUCUGCUGCAGCGGCACAAACUCCGAUGCCUCCUCUACCACCGCCUCCGACAUACACCACCACUUCCACAGCAACACCUGCAAGACGACCUGAAUUCAAUGACCCCGAAAACGACCCAUCAAUCCUUGCAAUCAAUACACAAAACUGCUUCUCGGAAAACCAAGCUACUACUGUCAUUACCGGCAACACUUUUCCGGCCAAACAUGAUCAUGCUGACGUUGGUUCAACAAUGAUAAGGUUCGGUACCGCUACGGCUACGGCUACGGGUGACGUGUCACUUACUCUAGGGUUACGUCAAGCCGGAAACCUACCGGAGAAGAGUUCCUUUUCAGUUAGAGACUUUGGGGGGUGCUAAUAUUAUUACGUGUCUACAAGUACGUGAAAUAAUUUUUUUGGCCAUUGUUAUACCAAGAAGCUAAUAAAUUAACGUUCUUUUUAUAUUUUAUUAUUCUAUAAACUAAACAAAAAUGUUUACUCGAUGAUAAAACGUAGUGUCGUGUUGAUAGCAUCAGUUUAUUUGGUCUUUUCUAAUUGUAUAGUACGUACCAUGUAUAUUUCCUCUUGUUAAUCAUGUAUUAAACUUCUUCUCGUCUCUAUUAUUAUGUUAAAACAAGUACGCCAAAGUGCAAAUUGUUAUUUAUUUUGGAA